AUGGCAACAACAACUCACCCAUCCAUGAAAAAAUCAUGGUCAAGAGGCUCCGACUCAACUCAGUUCGAAUCACCUGCACGUUUCUGCUCUCCCUUACGAUGGGACGCAGCAGACUCACCGGAAUACCGAUCACCUGUAAACUCACCCGGAAAGAUGGUAGAAAACUCAAUGGCAGUAGUUGCCGUCGACAUAAAACAGAUUUCGCAAGAGAAACUCCCUGACCAACGGAAGCUGCCACCGGACAAUACUUUUACAGUGUUCCCCCGACCAGAGAGAGAGGAGCCUCAAAGGCAGGUGACGAAAGUGGAGACUGCAGAAAAAGGUGGUGAGCGGAGACCGAGAUCGGCUCCUGUAAGUUUUACGGCGGAGGAGGUUACGAGAAAGGCGGGGUUAGGGUUCCGGCUAUGCGAGGUGGUGGUGUGUCUAAUUUCGUUUUCGGUUAUGGCUGCAAAUAAGACGCAAGGUUGGAGUGGGGACUCUUAUGAUCGUUAUAAAGAAUACAGGUAUUGUUUAUCAAUGAAUGUUAUCGGAUUUGCAUACUCAGGCUUACAAGCUUGUGAUCUAGCCUUUCAACUAGUCACAGGAAAACACAUGAUCAGUCAUCACCUUCGCUAUCACUUUCAGUUCUUCAUGGAUCAGGUUGUGGCAUACCUUCUGAUAUCAGCAUCAUCCUCUGCAGCCACUAGGGUGGAUGAUUGGCAAUCAAAUUGGGGGAAAGAUGAGUUCACUGAGAUGGCUACUGUUUCAGUUGGAAUGUCAUUUCUAGCUUUUGUUGCAUUUGCUAUGAGCUCACUCAUCUCUGGUUACAUCCUUUGUAACGGCCGUAACUCCAUGUAA